AAAAAUAAUUGAAAAUGAUGAAAAUGAUUAACUAGGUCUAGAAGACAAAUAGAAAUCAGAAAAAAUUCAGAAUACACAUUUAAUGUCUUUCUCAAGGGAACAAAACCUUAGCUACCUAAAGAAAUAAGGAAAGUAAAUUAAUGUCAUCUAAUUUUCAUAAGUGGAAACAGACUGCAUUUAAUCAUACACAUGUAUACCCACUGUGUAUUUCUUCACGGAGAGACUCAGAGUGGACAACAGAAACUCUGUCCCAGUGAUGUGUAAUAUAAUGAGAGUCACAAGUGCAGAAUGAUGAAUUCUGGGAUACUUCAGUCCUUCCUCAUUCAUGCGGUUUCAGAGCAGCAUGCACAAUCCUAAAAAGCCAGAUGUAACCAGAAGAUUCAUAAUCUCAGAUUAAUACACAUUGAAGGAGAAUAUGUUGACAUACGGCGGUUGUUUACUGGGAAUGUGUGCGAUGGUGUUUGUGUUCAUCAGAACCGGAUCAAGCACAGAGCAGAUGAACCUGGCAGCUUUGCUUCGUAGUCUCUCUUCAGGAUAUAUUAAAGACUUUCAAGCUCAAGAAGAAAGCAACAAAUUGCAUGAAAACAUAAAAGUUGGUGCUUUAGGGCCCAAGGUGCUCACUAAAGAUGGAAGCAUCAAGGGUCUGAUGGUGGAUGAGUGUUAUAUUUUUUACGGGAUACCAUUUGCUGAUCCACCUGUGGCUACGUACCGCUGGAAACCUCCCCGCAGGGUCACCCCGUGGCAAGGGGUGUAUGACGGCACCUAUCCCAGAGCAGCUUGCAUGCAGGCCUGCGCUGGACCUCUUUCGGAUGAAUGCCCCAAGAAGGUAAGUGAGGAUUGUUUGUACCUGAACGUUUUCGUUCCACUGAGCGUAAACUUCACAGCUCCACUUCACAAACUUCUACCUGUCAUGGUUUGGAUCCACGGUGGGGACUUCAUCGCAGGCUCGGCCUUCAAACCACUUUAUGACUCACGAUACAUCAGUAACUUCACACAAACCGUGGUUGUGAGCGUGGCCUACCGUCUGGGGGCUUUUGGGUUUCUGGUAUCGGGGAAAGACCCAAAAACAUCAGCAGUUGGGAAUUAUGGGAUUUUGGAUCAGCAGGGAGCUUUGCUCUGGGUCCAGCAGAACAUUCCUGCGUUUGGGGGCGACCCAAACAGGGUGACGAUUUUUGGAGAAAGCGCCGGAGCGCAGUCAGUCAGUCUCCAUCUUAUGAUUCAAAGCAGUAAGCCGCUCUUCAAACAGGCUGUACUCCAGAGCUUACCGUUCUCUAUUCCCCUUAAAACACGGCAUGAGUCUCUGAGGUUAGGAAGGAACUUUGCUAAGAUGUCCAACUGUUCAUUGACGGACAUCACGUGUCUGCUGUCUCUGAGCCCUCAGGCGGUUCUGACUGCACAGAUCAAAUCCAGCUCAAAGGUUGUGAACCCGUUUCGCUUUCUGGAGUCGUUUGAAAUCUGGGGGCCAUUUAUCGAUGGAGAACUGAUCCAGGAGCAGUCAGUGACGGCCUUUCAGAAGGGACACUGGCAGAAGGAGAAACCAGUGCUGCUCGGGACCACUUCAGAGGAAGGUGUCAUCUUUGUGUAUGGGGUCUUUACUAAGUCUGUGUCGCCGGUUGAGUGCACUAUCUACACAACAGCCAUAUUUAAACAGCAUGCCAUCAAAAUCCUGCACAAAUAUUUUCCUCUCUACAAAGACACAGACCGCAGGGACAUGUUAGCACAGAUUGUUACUGAUUACAUCUUCCUGUGCCCGUCCCGAAGAUCCGCCCGUGCUGGAGUUCUGUCCGGAAGUUCAGUGUGGAUGUAUGUGUUCGAUCACAUCGCCAGUGACCCUCGAGUGUGGUCGGGUCUGACGUUUUGUUACCGACACGCGUGUCACGGUGCUGAACUGCCCUUUCUGUUUGACUCCGCCCCCGUGGCAAAUUUCACUCUUACUCAACCCGAACAUCUGUUGUCCAAUCGCAUGCUGUGCUACUGGGGUGCUUUUGCCCAUGGGGGUGACCCCGGGUCACAUACUGACAUGAGCCCGUUCUGUCAGCAGCAACGCCUGCCAUCAUGGCCGCGCUAUGAAAACAACAGCGGUUGGCUUGUAAUGAAUCUCACGGUGCAUUCACACGCACAAACCGGAUCACGCAAUGACAUCUGCGAUUUCUGGGACAAACUUGGGAUCUAUCCAUAGGAACACAAAAUCACUAAUGAAAUCUCAGCCAAUGUGAUCCAGCCUGUGAAAACUCAGCUUACGUCUUUUUCAUGAUUGAAUGUUUUCUAUAAAUUUAUCCUGUAUAAUGUAAAGAAUGUAUAAUCUAACGCUCCCAAUCUACAAGGGGUUAAUUUCAUUCGUCACGCAGAAUAAUGCGAUUCUUUAUCAACGCAAGAGCUGCAGAAGAUCAGCCGCACCUGUCUAGCAUUUAAAUGAAGACGUUUGCACACCACAGUGAUCUUUGCAGGCCACACGCAGGUUUUAAAUCAUGAUGCGUCACUCUUCAGACACGCCUCCUUCAUCUCCUGUGUGAUUCCACAUGAAUGAAUGAAGAAGAGCCGAAUGAAAUCGAUUAGUUUAUGUGUCAUCAAGCUUCAACUAUAUCUGCAGCAGUGGACAAACAAAUACUGUAUGUGCAUGCACUUGCAAGAUCAUUUGUGUGUAAGUGGCCAAUUAAAAACAGAUGACACCAGCAGACACAUCGAACCACAGUACCAUGCUGCUCACCAGUGUAUGUUGCCAUGCAGAUAUGCUCGUGUCCAGAGAGAGUUCAUCCCAAGUAUCUAUCAUCAAUACCUUGACGCAUUAUCACAAAUGCAGAAACCAAUAAGAUGAAAUGAAAUGAGGUCAGCGUCAGGACAAAAUAAUCGGGCACUGUGUAUGAAGACAGUCUGGUUAAUUUCAUCUGGUCUCUGUGUAUAAAUGAUGAUGACCCUGAAGCGAAGAUAUCAGGCAGUAAAUGCAACAUCUCCAUCAGGAACCUCUGGGCGGUUACUGCUGAUCUCUGACACUUUGAUUUGUCUCUGAUUUCAUCAUUGCCUACAGUCACAGUCCUCUUCGAUUUCAAUAAGAUGUAAACGGAGCAAGACAGAAAGAGAACAGCAGAAGUGAAGACAGCAAAUGUUUGCCUCAGAUGAUCACAAGCACAUAUAAAUACAUACACAUACUGUAAUAGAUUGUAAGAUUAAACCGAGCAAAUCCCCAAACGUAUUAG